UACAAACCACACCGGAUCGAAAACUUCUUCUUUUUUCGUUGGAAUUAACUUUCAAAUACUUCCUGAAAUGUACAAUCCAGAGGUAAUAAAUUUCCCUCCACCAAAAUCCUUGAAACAAACAUGCACAUGGAAGAAAGACCAAAUACUUAAUAAAGUGCCUUCCCAAGACCUAGGAAAUCAUUUUCAUGGGAUUACUGCAAUCUUGUCUGGGGAAAUUACUGAAAUAGCUGAAAUUCAAGACUUCUUUUUAGACUCAACAUUUUACAGAGUUAACAAAUUCCCCGUUCAUAAGUUGCUGGACCCUGAUUUUCUCUCUGCAUUUGUUAAAAAAGGACAUUUUGAUGCCAGAACUUUAGGAACAUGGGGUGAAGUUGAUCAGAGUAUUGUUGUUGAAUCAGGCAAACUUCAUCUUUCUGUCUGCAAAGAUGUGUAUCAAGAGCUAGGGUUAAGUGGCCAAGCAGAGGUAAUUUCAUCCAAAAAGUGUCCUGCUAAAUACGACAUUUCUGUUAAUCUUCUUGAUGAUAAGUUUUCCCCUGAUUCUAAAUAUUACAAAAGAGUUAGUUGGUGUUUACAAAAUCAGACAAGUCUACAGUUUGAUUGGAUCAUGAAUUGGCAUCCACACGAUUCUGACAUCUGCCCAUCUUCCCUUGCUGCUUACCUCGACUUGCUUGGCUUUCAGGUAGUUCAGUGUCUGCCAUCCUUUGAAGAAAGAAUUUUAAAUCAAGUAAAGGUUCCACUGCUAUGCACUGAAACAGACAUUUCAGAUGUCGUUGAAUGGGUUGGAGCUGCUGCAUUGAACAUCACAUGUCCUGACCAAGAAGAUUACACUUCUUCAAUGACAUGCCCAGAGCCCAGUUAUAAAUCUGAAAAGGUUCACAUCUUGAAAUGGAAAGGAUUUUUUUCUGCAAGACAGGCAAAAGAGUUACUCGGCGUGAUUUUGAAAUUGCGACCAGAAGCAACAGAAAACUCUGUUCAAUCAUGGCUUAAUCUCACUCUCAUUGGAUUUGAUGAAUUCCAAAUAGCAUCAAGUAUUUGCUCGGUUUUUACAACGGCAUCGGACAACUGCCAAGUCUUUACAAACCAGACAUCUAGAAGGAAAAUCAAAUGAAUUCAAUUCAACUUUUGUUAUUUCAUCUUCUGUAAAAACACAUCUGAAUAAAUGAAGUCAGAUACUGGA